AUUUCUAAUAAAUAUAUGUAUAUAUCUUCAAUUGUUAUUUUCAGUUUUACAGAAUUUUUGGAUCCAUUCCAGCGAGUUAUCCAGCCAGAAGAGAUCUGGCUGUAUAAAAAUCCCUUGGUGCAAUCAGACAACAUACCUACUCGUCUUAUGUUUGCAAUUUCAUUCCUUACGCCACUGGCAGUCAUUUUUGUGGUGAAAAUAAUCCGGCGGACAGACAAGACUGAGAUUAAAGAGGCUUUCUUAGCUGUUUCCUUGGCUCUAGCUCUGAAUGGAGUCUGCACAAAUACUAUUAAAUUAAUAGUGGGAAGACCGCGUCCCGAUUUCUUUUACCGCUGCUUUCCAGAUGGAGUAAUGAACUCUGAAAUGCACUGCACAGGUGAUCCAGAUCUGGUGUCUGAAGGCAGGAAAAGCUUUCCAAGUAUCCACUCUUCCUUUGCAUUUUCAGGCCUUGGCUUUACCACCUUCUACCUAGCUGGAAAGUUACAUUGCUUCACAGAAAAUGGCCGGGGGAAGAGCUGGCGGCUCUGUGCAGCAAUACUGCCUCUCUACUGUGCCAUGAUGAUUGCUCUGUCACGUAUGUGUGAUUACAAACACCACUGGCAAGGUGAGCUAUGGAGGUACCUUUUCAUGUAUCUAUAUUACUAG